GUUUCUUGUUUGCAAGCAAGCUGUGAACAAUUUUAUCCCACCUGGCGAGUUUUUCUUCAUUGAGUUCAUCCCGUAUCGUUUUCACCUUGUGGUUCUGUGAUCUUCUAUCCUUCGUUUUGGCUAAUUUUUUAGUUCCUGUUCAUGUGAAGCCUCAGGCUACUACAAAGUGAUGACAUCGAGCAUUAAAGGAAUCCGAAUGUCCGGAAUGUGCCUUCUGUUCAUACUUUAAAGUCACGAUCAUGAUCAACAUUCGGACGGUUACUGAUUCUGGGCAUGUAUCGGUAUCCUGUAGGAUUUAUUUUUAACAAUAAAGACCUGCGAAUGAAUGGUCCUCAAGAACCAGCUCAGUCUCUUUCUCCUGUGAUGAGUACGAUUGGUUUGGGAGCGUUGGACGAUCCGCACUCUUCUCGGCCGAAACAGGCCCCUAUGGAGCUGACAGGAACCACUGUCCCGCAGGCUGCGUUCACUUUUCCCCCGGGAACUGCCUUGAUUGCGCAUCCGAUUCCCGCACCCCAUCAGCAGCAGCUGAACCAGUUUGACGCUUCUUUGCAGCGACACAUCGCUGCUCAGAUGCACCAGAACCCUAUUCAUGCCCCCAUCAUGCUCAGCACCCCGCAUCUACAGGAUUUGCGCAUGCAUUUACCUGACGCUGCUGGUUUCCCUUAUUUCCCGCAAAGCUUGAUUCCGGUAUCCAGAACGGACGAUUUUCAUCGCGGUGCCUACAGUACUCCCUCGGGCUCUGGAGUUCUCUAUCCUAUUAGCACAAUCUUCGUUAGUCCUGAGAACCGAACCUGUUGUUUGUUGGAUCGUGGGACGCGAUGCAAUCGUCCGGCUGGUACUGCCAAUUUUACAAUAAAAAUUCGCGAAUUGGUGACACGGAGCGGAGCGUUGUUAACCGAAGACAAUGUGGCGGGACACCAAUACAUUUGCGAUUAUCAUAAAAAUUACAUCCAAAAACUGCGCAUCGUUGUGCCCUCUGGACCCAGUCCAGCUCCGGCUACCCCUCCUAACACUGUUCCCAGCCAUUCCAGUGGUCACACUGGUCAGGGGCAGUUUUCUCAUACGUCACAUUUCCCGACAUUUAGCGGUGAACCAACCGCCUCACAUGGGGGAGUUACUAUGAAACCUGAAGAAAGCUCCCAUGCCGGUACUGAACAGGACAGCAAACGGAUGAAUGGAUCUCCGGCUCACAAACCUGCUGGUGCGCUAGCAGAAGGAAAAAUUAAGGAGUACAGUGAGCCAUCAUCUACGCCUGUUGAUAUGCGGAAAGCUCAGUCACACGAAACUAAAGUAUCUUCGGCUAAGCAGAGUCCCGAUGGUGGAACAGAUGACAGUUCAGAAGAAGAAAUGCUGAAUGGACCGGCUGUUGCUGACCUUCUGUACGGUAUCGGUGAAUGUUUUACGACUGGAGAUCUUCUCACAUACAUGAAGUUUUUCGAUAUCGAGCUUCCGGCCCAUUCCACCAGAGAAGAGCUUAUUCGGGUUUUUUGUGAACACAUUGACAGUGUAUCGACUGGAGAUCCGAAGUCCAUCCUCACAAAUUUCUUCCAUGGUUUAAAAACCGAUACGCGGCCGUUUAAUCAGUCCUAUAAGCCCGGCUUAAAUGUGGAUUUUGAUCUAAGUUCGGACGAGGAAAUGAUGGUGAUGGACGGGAAAGAAGGUAUGAUUCCCGCCGACAGCUCCUCGUCAGAUGUUGAGGGUAUCUCGGAAUCGGAUGAUGAAAUGGACAACGGCGAAGAUUUGCCGGACAUACAUUUCGAUGAGCAGAUGGAGCGCACUCUUAAUCAGAUUGCCGGCAAGUUCUCUGUUGGAGAUAUCGAACGAAUAUUGGAAAAGUAUACCCUCCCGGUCAAAUUUUCGGCUUUAAAUCACGAUUCCGACUCGGAUUCUGAUGCUUCCAGUGAACAAAAACUGAAAGGAGAGCGGAAUUUUAGCCGGAGACGACGAAAGAUCCGCCGACCUGUAGUGAGUCCGUAAGGCAGCUCCAACUGACUCAGCAUUACUAGUACUUCUGCUGUUGUUGUUGAUUUGUUAGGGUAUCCUUUAAUUCUUCCAGUGACUUAGUAGUUUUGGUUUGAUGUCUUCAUUGCGGUUAUGGCUGGAUAUUUUUCCAGUAUACUAUUUCCAUGUGUGGAUUUAAUUGUCUUACAAUUACAUAGCUAUUUUUGGGCUGGUAAGAGCGCGCCGGCAAGAACUUCUGUUUGUUGUGUUAAUAAGUCCGAGUAUGAUCUGUGGAAAAUAAUGGCUGCCAGGAACGGCGCAUAGAGCUGAUGGAGGUGCACAUAACUAUGGUACUGGAUUA